AUGAGAGAAAGUACCGGCUAUAAACGAGAUAUCAUUCGCUAUCCAGUAGUACAAAAGACUCAGUCAACACCUGUUACUUAUUCUCCUAAACCAUUGGAUCUAUAUAGCUUGCAAAUGGUAACAACUAACGAUGAUUGGGAUAUUGUCAGUAUCACCAGUGAAGCAAUAACUGAAGCUGAAAUAGCAAUUAGAAAAGCAAUUGUCUCUGCCACUAUUUCGGAACAAUACUCCGUCAAUCUGGACAAAGACAUCAAUGUACAUAAAGAACAAAAUAAAUCUAUUGCAACACAACAACAAAUUCAAAUUAAUUUUCAACAAGAAUGUUCGGAACAACUACCAAUGAUAUUAAAAGGUUUGAAACCAAGUGUACAAGAAGCCAAAUUAAAAAAUACUUUAUACGCUCAUGAUAUUUUGAAAAUGCAAGUAGAUAACGAUGAUAAAUUGCGCAUACCUAAAGAAUGGAGUGAUCAAAAAGAAGGAUGCAACUUAGUUGAAAUUCCUAGGAAUGAUCCUACCUUCACUCGUAUUGAAAACAGUAUGAAAGAAACUAUGAAUAAUGUGAAAAUCGAUAAAAUCGAACGAGUGCAAAAUGUACGCAUGUGGAAUCAUUAUGUGUUUCGUCGUCGAGAACUUAGAAAAGAACUGAGUAUUAUGCCUAAUUUACAAAUUGAAAUAGAACUAUUUCAUGGAACGAGAACGACACCACCAAGUGAAAUUUACAAUGGUGAAUAUAGUUUCGAUAUGACAUAUAGUACAAGUGGUAUGUGGGGUAUCGGUACAUACUUUGCUAAAAAUGCUUCAUAUUCUGGCGGCAGCUAUGCUUAUCAAUUACCGAAUGGAAAACGCCAAGUAUUUUUAGCCCAAGUUUUAACAGGAGACGUAUAUGAUUGCCAGAAAGAUCCAUCUUUGCGUCGACCGCCGAAGAAAAAUGAGACAGUGUCUGGUCCACGAUAUAACAGUGUAUCAGGCGAUACAGGAGGCAGUAAAGUUUACAUUGUGUAUGAAAAUCGUGUGGCUUAUCCAACCUAUUUGAUUACUUUCACUUUAUAA